CCGCUGCCUUCCCCCGCGGCCGCCCGGAACUCCCCGCGGCGGCCGGCCAUGGUGCGGAUCGUGGCGGUGAAGACCAAGCCGUACGGCGACCAGAAGCCCGGCACCAGCGGGCUGCGCAAGCGGGUGGCGGUCUUCCAGAGCAAUGCCCACUACACCGAGAACUUCAUCCAGAGCAUCCUGGCCACCGUGCCCGCGGCCGAGCGGCAGGAGGCCACGCUGGUGGUGGGGGGGGACGGCCGCUUCUACAUGAGGGACGCCAUCCAGCUCAUCGUCCGCAUCGCCGCCGCCAACGGGAUUGGCCGCUUGGUUAUCGGGCAGAACGGCAUCCUCUCCACCCCAGCAGUGUCCUGCAUCAUCAGGAAAAUAAAAGCUAUUGGUGGCAUCAUUCUGACAGCCAGCCACAACCCUGGUGGGCCCAAUGGGGAUUUUGGCAUUAAAUUCAAUAUUGCCAAUGGAGGUCCUGCUCCUGAAGGUAUCACGGACAAAAUUUUCCAAAUCAGCAAGAAAAUUGAAGAGUAUGCAAUCUGCCCAGACCUCCAGGUGGACCUGAGCACGAUUGGGAAACAGCAGUUUGACUUGGAGAACAAAUUUAAACCAUUUACAGUGGAAAUUGUGGACUCGGUAGAAGCUUAUGCGAAUAUGCUGAGGAACAUCUUUGAUUUCAAUGCGUUAAAGGAACUGCUUUCGGGGAAGAACCACCUUAAGAUUCGCAUAGAUGCUAUGCACGGAGUUGUGGGCCCUUAUGUAAAAAAGAUCCUGUGUGAGGAGCUUGGAGCCCCAGCAAAUUCAGCUGUGAACUGCACCCCACUAGAGGACUUUGGCGGCCACCAUCCUGACCCCAACUUAACCUACGCUGCUGACCUGGUCCAGACCAUGAAGACAGGAGAAUACGACUUUGGAGCUGCCUUUGAUGGAGAUGGGGAUCGCAACAUGAUUCUUGGGAAACACGGCUUCUUUGUGAACCCCUCCGACUCUGUUGCUGUCAUUGCUGCCAAUAUUUUCAGUAUCCCUUAUUUCCAGCAGACCGGAGUCCGUGGCUUUGCCCGGAGCAUGCCAACCAGCGGGGCUCUUGAUAGGGUGGCCCAUGCUACAAAGAUUGCUUUGUAUGAAACUCCAACUGGCUGGAAGUUCUUUGGAAACUUGAUGGAUGCAAACAAGCUGUCUCUGUGUGGAGAGGAAAGUUUUGGUACUGGUUCCGACCACAUCCGUGAGAAGGACGGGCUGUGGGCUGUCCUGGCUUGGCUGUCCAUACUAGCUACCCGCAAGCAGAGUGUGGAGGACAUAAUGAAGGAUCACUGGCAGAAAUAUGGCAGGAACUUCUUUACCAGAUACGACUAUGAAGAGGUGGAUGCAGAUGCAGCUAACAAAAUGAUGAAGGAUUUGGAGACUGUGAUGUUUGACCGCUCCUUUGUGGGGAAGCAGUUAUCAUGUGGUGACAAAGUCUACACGGUUGAGAAAGCUGAUAAUUUUGAGUACAAUGAUCCUGUGGAUGGAAGUGUCUCUAGAAACCAGGGCUUGCGGCUCAUCUUCUCUGAUGGCUCACGCAUCAUCUUCAGACUAAGCGGUACUGGCAGUGCGGGAGCAACGGUGCGGCUGUACAUUGACAGCUAUGAGAAAGAUGCUCAGAAGAUACAUGAAGACCCACAGGUCAUGUUGGCACCUCUCAUUUCCAUUGCACUGAAACUUUCACAGCUUCAUGAAAGAACCGGUCGCAGCGGUCCGACUGUCAUUACAUAAAGGCCCGGUCAGACAUCGUGCUGGAGUGCACACCGAGUGAAGGAAGCCAGCCUGUCUCCCCUUCUGUUGUCAAAUCUGUCACUAAAAGAGGAAUAUUAAUUUUAUCUCUGUAUUUAAGAACACUAUUGAAUGGCUACGGAUAGCCAAUAAAACCCAGCCCCUGUCAACA